AUGGUCCCGCUGACUGGACCCAAGUCGCAGUGGCUUGACCAGGUUCUGUUUCUUGGUACGGGGACAAGCUCGCAAGUCCCUGCAAUUCACUGUAUCACGGGCGACGAAACCGAAUGUGUGACGUGCCAUGAUGCGCUCAAGCCGGGAAGCAAGAACCGCCGCUUUUGCACGUCCCUGGUUGCCGUGGGAAGCCAUCCCGACACACCGGAGAGCAAGUCCACGAUUCUGAUUGAUUGUGGAAAGUCGUUCUAUGAGUCUGCGCUGCGAUACUUUCCGCGCUAUGGCCUGCGGCGCAUCGAUGCCGUGCUGCUGACGCACGGACAUGCGGAUGCCAUUCUCGGCUUGGACGACUUGCGCAGCUGGACCAUGGGCGGGUGCAUCCAGGGACAUGUGGAUGUCUACCUGACGUACGAAUGUAUGAAGACGGUCCAGCAGACUUUCCCCUACCUCAUUGAUCGAAGCCGUGCUACCGGCGGUGGAGACGUUGGGGCGCUUCGGUGGCAUCUCAUUGACUCUCACAGGCCCUUCUUUGUAGGGCCGAUGCAGGUCGAGGUUACGCCAUUGCCUGUGGACCAUGGCUUCUACAGCGGCGGGAACCAGCCCUUUGAAUGUCUGGGCUUCCGCAUCGACUCAAUGAGCUAUAUUAGUGACUGUGCCAUCGACUGCCUGUUGGAACUCGCACUUCGCCAGUCGAAAUGCGAUGCACUUCCGCCUUCAUUGGCACUGCUCACGGAUAUCACGCACCGAGUCGAGCACGAACGCACGGAGGCGGAGCUGCAGCGCAUGCUUCAGGGCAUGCGCGCUUGGCUUCACGAGCAGCCAGAGGCGUCUGCACGCUGGUGGGAUGCCAUCGAGCUCUAUGUGGCCGACUGCACCAACGUCGGCGAUAUCCAUCGCCUGCAGACCCGAAUUGCUGAAGAAUUUGGCGGGAUCGAUACGCUGUACCUCGUGUUUGGUGCGUUGUGGACGCAGUCUCUGCUUGGUAUCGCAGGCACUGACCCUACCGCCGAUCGCCACGCGACGGGCCCGACCCGGGAGGGCCUACAGACAGUUUCCGAUUCGGUCCGAGCGAUCAACGAUGCAAACAUCACUGGCACGGCCCUUGUCCUAUCUGCGCUCCUUCCUCGUCUCCAAACCAACUCCAAGGCCCCCUAUGUGUGCAUUGUUGGAUCCUUAGCCAGUCUCGUGCCUGCCCCUACGCGUUCUAUGUACUGUGCCACCAAGAGCGCCCAACAGAUGCUGGUGCAGAGCGUGGCUGCUGAGUGUGCAUCGCAGGCCAAGAUCAAUGGCUAUGCCCAUGUGCAUUUUGUUGUCCUCGCGCCCUCAACGGUGCAAACCUCCUUCCGCUCACACAUGGCGCUUACGCAAGGGCCACUGACUACGGCGCCCUCACAGGCCAUAUCAUGCGUCGAGCAGGGCAUCACGGGUGUCGUGCCGAUGCCCAGCAAAUACUUCUGGGUGUGGCUUCUCAGCCCUCUAUUGUACGUGGAUGGUUAUCUAACCUAG